AUGGCUCCCACUGCUGUUUCAUCGGCCAUUGAUGGCCCAACCACUGUCACACCGUCAAAGGCAUCUCACUCUCAUGGCCAUGAACUACAGAACAAGACUCCCCUUCAAGCCAUGUCACACGGCGAUGUUGUCUUAAAAGGAAUACCCAAGCAUCCAGACUUCUCCUCCCAACGCCAGUGGCAACUUGAGCACCUUGCUGCUGCUUUUCGUCACUGGCACCGCGAAGGCUACGUCGAGGGUAUGAGCGGUCACAUUUCCGUUCGUGAUCCCGAGUUUACCGAUGCUUUCUGGACGAAUCCCCUGGGAAGACACUUUGGCUUGUUGAAAGUUAGUGACAUGAUUCUCGUCAAUCUCAACGGCGAGGUCAUUGGUGGCAAUCGUACACGACCACCCAACAGUGCUGGGUUUCUGAUUCACGCGUCUAUUCACAAGGCUAGACCAGAUGUACACGCUAUCUGCCACUCGCAUAGUAUCCAUGGAAAAGCAUGGUCGGUCUUUGGUAAAAGGCUGGAGAUGCUCACGCAGGACGUUUGCAAGUUUAGAGGAGACGCGCACAGCGUGUACGACAGCUAUGGAGGUGUUGUGCUGGCGAGUGAAGAGGGUGAUCGCAUAGCGGCAGCCAUGGGCCCUAAGGGUAAAGGAUGUAUCUUGAGAAACCACGGUAUCUUGACCGUUGGUCAGACAGUGGAUGAAGCAGCGUGGCUGUAUACUUCCAUGGAGAACAGUUGCCGUGUUCAGCUACUUGCCGAAGCUGCGGCUGCAAGCGGUAUUAAGAAGGUGCUGAUUGAAGAUGAGGAGGCGGAUUUCAACUUUGAUGUUGAGAGUGAUCCCGAGGUCUGUUACUGUGAGUUUCAAGUUUACUAUGAUUUGGAGGAUGAGCUGUCCAAGGGAGAUUUUAAGAACUGA